UGGAAUAAAAAAAAAUAUUUCAUUCCCAGCUGGAUUUUUCCUUGGAAAAAAAAGGAUUUCAUUCCCAGCUGGAUUUUUGUUUGGAAAAAAAGGAUUUCAUUCCCGGCUGGAAUUUUUCCUUGGAAAAUAAAAAGGAUUUCAUUCACAACUGGAUUUUUUCCUUGGAAAAUAAAAAGGAUUUCAUUCCCGGCUGGAAUUUUUCCUUGGAAAAUUUGCCCUCAGGCACAGCACGGAGCUGAGUCAAGCUUGGAGCUCUCAGGUGAGUCAGGAAUCACGAGACUGGAGACAAAUCCAGGUAUAAAAACCUCGGGAAGUGACGGCUCUGCCAGGCCUUGGAUUCAUUUCUUCAAUACAAAUCCUGGAAUUUUGGAGGAAUUUUCAUUUUGGGAACAGCCUCUGUUGUGUUUUCCUUUAGCUUCAAGGUUUUUGGUUUUUUUUUUUUUUUCAAAACUCUGAGGGGAAAAAAAAUUCCUCCCUGAGGGGGAAAAAUGCUCCUGGAGAAUUCCAUGGAUAAAAGUCCAGUGUCUCCCGCUGGAUUGGAGAGCAUUUCCCUGGGAGAGGAGGCCGGGAAGAGCGAGCUGAUGAACGAGGACAUCCGGAUCCACUCCUGGCCUUGCUCCUACUACCUGGACACCAGCAAACAAUGGAUCCCUGGGAAGCUCUCCCUGACUCCCCUUUCCAUCAAAUUCACGGCUGACAAAACGGGAGAGCUCCUGGUGGAUUUCCAUCUUUCCGGGAUCAGCGAGAUCAAGAAGGAAUCUUCCCAUUUAAUCUUCAGCUCCCUCACCAUCCUGGAGAAGAGCACCAAGCACUGGUUCAGCUCCCUGCAUCCCAACAGGAAUGUGGUGUUCAACAUCCUGGAGCAUUUCUGGAGGGAGCAGCUGGUGUCCAGCCAGGAGGCCGGAGCGGGAGCGGCCUUGGAAUCCAGCAAGGGCAAGGAAUUAACGGGAAUGUUGGAGGGAUCCCAGAAACGCCUGGAGGACACGGCCAAGGUGCUGCAUUCCCAGGGGGAGCAGUUCGACAACAUCAUCAGGGGACUCCACAAGAUCGAGGGGGACAUGGAUGUGGCUGACAGGCUGUUGACAGAGCUGGAAUCUCCUUCCUGGUGGCCCUUCAGCACCAAACUCUGGAAAACCCCUCUGGAAGCAAAGCCCAAGGAAACCCCCGCGGCUCCGGAUCCCAAAACCCAGGAAGGAAUCCUGCUGCGAAUUCCCGUGAUUAUCACCCACAGGACAGACUCCAACGCCAAGCCGGGAAAACUCACGGUGCUUCCCUCCGGCCUGGAAAUCAAGGAUUGCAAUUCCCAGCUGCUGCACCGCUUCGAAUCCCGGGACGUGGAUGAUAUCCGGGUGCACACUCCCUACGAGAUCAGCAUCCGGCAGAGGUUCAUCGGCAAGCCCGACACUUCCUACCGGCUCCUGGCGGCGCGGAUGCCGGAGGCCAUUCCCAUCCUGGAGAUGCAGUUCAGCAAGAAGAUCCAGUUUUUGGAGGAUGCUCUUGGAUUUGCCGGAGCCAGGAAGUCUCCUCAGGCGGAUUUGGGAACGUCCAUCUGGCAGGCAGCCACCGGAUUCCUGGGAGCCGCGGUGAAUCCCGGAGUUCCGGCGGGAAGCGCCGAAGGGACGGACAAGGAGCAGGUGCAGCUGCAGAAAAUAUCCCAGGAGGAAGCCAAGGAGCUCCGACAGAUCCUGAAGAAGCUCAAGGGGCUGGCCCUGGAGACGGAAGCGGAGCUGGAAAGGCAGGACGAGGCCCUGGAUUCCAUCAGCAGCUCCGUGGAUCGCGCCACGCUCACCAUCGAUCGGCAGAACCGCAGGAUGAGGAAGCUGACGUAACUUCCCGCCGGGAACGCCGGGAAGAGCAGGAGGGUGGGGGAGCCGGGGUUCUCAGGACUGGUUUUUUCCAGAGACACUUUGGGAGGGGUUUGGGAUGAGGUUUGGAAAAUGGCGCUGCUGGAGGUGAGUUCCUGAGAGAAUUGAAGCGGUUCCUGGACCUGGAUGAUGGUUGGAUCUUGGAUGAUGGUUGGAUCUUGGAUGAUGUUUGGAUCUUGGAUGAUGGUUGGAUCUUGGAUGAUGGUUGGAUCUUGGAUGAGGUUUGGAUUUUGGAUGAGAUUUGGAUCUUGGAUGAUGGUUGGAUCUUGGAUGAUGGUUGAACCUUGGAUAAUGUUUGGAUUUUGGAUGAGGUUUGCAUGUUGGAUGAGAUUUGGAUCUUGGAGGAGGUUUGGACCUUGGAUCAUGGUUGGACCUUGGAUCAUGGUUGGACCUUGGAUCACGGUUGGACGUUGGAUGAGGUUUGAUCUUGGACAGUGUUUGGAUUUUGGAUAAUGUUUGGAUCUUGGAUGGCAGUUGGAUUUUGGAUGAGGUUUGGAUGUUGAAUGACGGUUGGAUCUUAGAUGAGGGUUGGACCUUGGAUCACGUUUGGACCUUGGAUGUGGCUUGGAUCUUGGAUCACGUUUGGAUCCUGGAUCACGUUUGGAUCUUGGAUCACAUUUGGAUCUUGGACAGUGCUUGGAUUUUGGAUGAUGGUUGGAUCCUGGAUGGUUGGAUCUUGGAUCAUGUUUGGAUCUUGGAUGUGGGUUGGAUCUUGGAUCACGGUUGGAUCGUGCAUGAUGGUUGGAUCUUGGAUUACGUUUGGAUCUUGGACAGUGCUUGGAUCUUGGAUCAUGGUUGGGUCUUGGAUCACGUUUGGAUCUUGGAUCAUGGUUGGAUCUUGGAUCAUGGUUGGGUCUUGGAUCACGUUUGGAUCUUGGAUCACGUUUGGAUCUUGGAUCACGGUUGGAUCUUGGAUCACGUUUGGAUCUUGGAUCACGGUUGGAUCUUGGAUCACGUUUGGAUCUUGGAUCACGGUUGGAUCUUGGAUCACGGUUGGAUCUUGGAUCACGGUUGGAUCUUGGAUCACGUUUGGAUCUUGGAUCAUGGUUGGAUCUUGGAUGAGGUUUAGAUCGUGGAUGAGGUUUGGAAGCUUUUUUUGGGUGGAAAGAUCCAAAUUUCCAAUUGGGAUGAAACAGAACUUGUGGAUUCUCCACUGCCAAACCCUGUAAAUAGGAAGGGAUGUGAAAACCUGACUUAAUUAAUUAAUUCAUUAGUUCAUUGAUUCAUUAAUGUGGUUUUUGAUUUUGCUGCUUUCCAGCCCAUGAAUUCCCUCUCCAGCUCUUUCCCUAAAAUCCUUUGGAGCCAAUCCUGAUUUCUUUCUUUAUUUGCACUCAGUGGUGAUGAAACAUUUCAAGGCUUUUCCAGAAUUCCUUAAAAAAAGGGAAUAUUUUCAAUUAAAGUCUGAAGUUUACACUUGGCUCUGUUGAGAGCAGAGAUUCCCCUCCUAAAUUAUUUAUAUUCCAUAGGAAAAAUUCCCAUUUCGUUAAUCCCUACCUUUUCCAGCUAUUUCACCUCCAAGGAGCCGUUGUUAAAUAUCUUUUUUAAAACUAUUUUUUAGAUUUUAAUUUAAGUGUUUUUGGUGUUGCUUUCAAAUCCAACACUUUCAGUGCAAUAUUUUUAAACAGUGAAGCUUCAAAUCCUUGGAUUCCGUGGGAAUUUUUCCCAUUUUUUUUGGAAUCCAGCCUAAUUUUGGGAGAAAAAGACACUGUGCCAUGUCGAGGGUGUUGUUUGCAAGGUUUGUAUUUCUUCAGCUUAGUUAGAACUGGAGUAAAAUUUAUUCCAAGUUUUUCCUGGCAUGCACUUUAUUGGAAAAUCCAGUGAUAAUUCCAUAUCCAUCAAUUAUUUCCUGGGAAUAAAAUCCCCUCGGAGCUCCUCCUGUUGUUUCCCGCCCCCAAAUUGUUACUGGUUUACUGAGGGAGGAAAAUGAACUUCCCACACCUCAUUUUUCCAUGGAUUUCGCACCAAAUCCGUGUUUGCUGAGGCUGGGAUGGGAACUGGGGGUGGGAUGAGUCCAACCCAGAUUUCCCAAAAGGAAAUCUUCUGGAUUUGAGCGUUUUUUUGGGUGUUCUUUGUGCCAUAUUUUUUAUUGUUGUGGGGUUUUAGCACCGACUCCGUAUUUUGUGGGUUGUGUUGAGUCCAACAUAUCCCAAAAAACUUGGAAUAUUCCUUGGAAAACCCAUCCUGGAGCUGUACAUUGGCUGAAUUCCAUGUGCCAGAAGGAUUUUCCACCUGUAAUUCCUUCUUAUUAAAAACUCUUGGAAUUGUGA